CCCCGGAGCGGGCGCGGCGGAGCGCGGCGAGCCCGGCGCCUGCCGCUCCGAACAUGCGGAGGCCGGCCCAGGCGGCGUGGGAGCCGGAGCGGGGGCCCGAGCGGGCGCCGGAGCUCGAGCCGGAGCGCGAUCGGGCACGGGGCCAGGUGCGGGGGGCCGCUCCGCGCUGCUGAGGCCGGCCCGGCCGCCGCCCGCGGGCCCGGCCACGGCGGAUCCCAGCUGGGAGCCACAGGAUUUGAGACGGUGGGACCUGUCAGCAGAAUGUCUCCUCCCCCUGAGAGCGACCCCAAGGCCACCGAGAUGAGCACCGUGUCCAGGCCCACAGGAGCACCUGCAUCUCACUAGCCGGGAGCCGUGGGCUGCCUGUGCCUGCCAGGCUGCAGUGAUGUACUAGCCACAGAAAGGCCGCAACCUCGGGUUUCCACAGACUUGGGAUUUGCACGGCAGCAGAGUCACCGUGGAGAGGCCAGGGUAUCACAAACUUAUGGAUUUUGACAAGAAAGGAGGGAAAGGGGAGUUGGAAGAGGGCCGGAGAAUGUCCAAGUCCGGCGGGGGCCGCAGCAGCCACGGCAUCCGGAGCUCGGGUACCAGUUCAGGGGUCCUAAUGGUGGGCCCCAACUUCCGCGUCGGCAAGAAGAUCGGCUGUGGCAACUUUGGGGAGCUUCGCCUAGGGAAGAAUCUCUACACAAACGAGUACGUGGCUAUCAAACUGGAGCCGAUCAAGUCUCGGGCCCCACAGUUGCACUUGGAAUACCGGUUCUACAAGCAGCUCAGCUCCGCAGGUAUGUCCAGGCCCUGGAGUGGCUGUCGUGGGGGUGGCCUGGACUGUCCUUGUACCUGUAUCUCUGUGCUCCUUGCAGAGGGCGUCCCUCAGGUCUACUACUUUGGCCCGUGCGGGAAGUACAAUGCCAUGGUGCUGGAGCUGCUGGGGCCCAGCCUGGAGGACCUGUUUGACCUGUGUGACCGCACCUUCACACUCAAGACGGUGCUCAUGAUUGCCAUCCAGCUGAUCACCCGCAUGGAGUACGUGCACACCAAGAGCCUCAUCUACCGGGAUGUGAAGCCUGAGAACUUUCUGGUGGGGCGCCCGGGGACCAAGCGGCAGCAUGCCAUCCACAUCAUCGACUUCGGACUGGCAAAGGAGUACAUUGACCCCGAGACCAAGAAGCACAUCCCGUACCGCGAGCACAAGAGCCUGACGGGCACAGCACGCUACAUGAGUAUCAACACACACCUGGGCAAAGAGCAGAGCCGCCGGGAUGACCUGGAGGCCCUGGGCCACAUGUUCAUGUACUUCUUGCGUGGCAGCCUGCCCUGGCAGGGGCUCAAGGCUGACACGCUCAAGGAGCGGUACCAGAAAAUUGGGGACACCAAGCGGGCUACGCCCAUCGAGGUGCUCUGUGAGAACUUCCCAGAGGAGAUGGCCACGUACCUGCGCUACGUGCGGCGCCUGGACUUUUUCGAGAAGCCAGACUAUGACUACCUGCGGAAGCUCUUUACCGACCUCUUUGACCGCAGCGGCUUCGUGUUUGACUAUGAGUAUGACUGGGCCGGCAAGCCCUUGCCAACACCCAUCGGCACUGUCCACACUGACCUGCCCUCCCAGCCUCAGCUACGGGACAAAGCCCAGCUGCACAACAAAAACCAGGCGCUGAACUCUACCAAUGGGGAGCUGAACGCUGACGACCCCACAGCUGGUCACUCUAAUGCCCCCAUCACUGCACCUGCAGAGGUGGAGGUGACCGAUGACACCAAAUGCUGCUGUUUCUUCAAGAGGAGAAAGAGAAAAUCGCUGCAGCGGCACAAGUGACCCCUGGGCGAAUGCAGUGCUGUGAAUCUGGGUGUAGCCCCUUAGGGCUAGAGCUUGUCCAUGAGGCCCUCAGGGCAUACCCACAGUGGCCCAGGGCCAGCUUCUGGCCCAGUGCUGGGUCUCAGACUGCAGGGGCUGCCAGGGCCUGGAUCAGCCCACUGGCCCCCACCCCCAGGACAUGGGGUCACUUCUUUCAUGUAAGACUUUGGCCGAAAUUUCUACACCUGUGUCUAGUCCUCCCCUCCAAGAGCAUUAACUAUUUAAAACAAGGAAAAAAGGAAAAAAACAGAGGCCCACCCCGCCCCCUCCCCUUGCCCACCCAUUUCUUUGCUGAAGUGAGUAGUGUGAUCCCGGAGGACCCGCCCCCUCCAGCCACCCCCAUUGUCGUCAUAAAGUCCAGCUUGUCUCCCUCGAUCCAAAGGCUGUUUUCUCGAGGGGAGGGCAGGCCUGGCCUGGCCUAGGAGGGGUGCUUCAGGCUGUGUUGCCUCCACCCACCUGGGAGGGGGCAUAGGCACUGCUGCCACAGGUGAGAUGACCCCUGGGCCACCCCAAAACCAAAGGGGUAGACAGGGCUGGGGCCAUGCCGAGGCCAGCCCCAACCAAAUGCUGCACCAAAGCUUGGGCUGGCUCAGCGCUGGCGGGGUCCUGCCAGGUGGGGUAGGCUGGCUGUGUCCCCUGCUCUUGUGCAUAGGUGCCAGGCCCUGCUGAGUCAGGACUGUGGGCAGUGGCUUCUCUCUUUGUGCUCCACCACCUGGCAAAGGAGCGGGAGACAAAAUGCCUUAAAGCCCCCAGAUACUUAUGGGGUGUGGGGGCAGCCACAGGAGGUGGCAGGGUUGUCCCCAGUGAGGUCCCUGAGGCUGCCAGGGCGGAGCAGAGCAGCUGGGGGCCGUGCGUGGGGCGGUGGCUGUGUGAGUCUAGUUCUUGCUUUACAAAGUGUACAGAAAUGGCAUUUACGUUUCUCUGAUGCUCCCUUGAAGCCAUAGAAUUUAGGGGCUUUUUUAAAAAAAUAAAGGAAAAAUGAAACCAA